AUAGCGUAGGCCCAGGGCCCACUAUUUAGCAUGAAAUUUAAUAAACAAAAAAUAUGAGAUGUAUUAGAAGAAGAAGCAAAAAAAGCUUGCAAGAACCUUCGGGUUGUUUCACAGACCACAAAAAGAGAGGAGAGAAGAGGAGGCACAAAGCUUCUAUUACACAAAGCCUUUAUAUUUUCAGGUUUUGUGUCUCCUCUAAGUAAGUUAUUUGAUAAAUUAGGCAACAUGGAGUAUGAGACUAACAACUGGAUUUGGGAUGGAGUGUAUAACCACCCACAUGUCUUUGGUGGUCUAAUGCUCACGGCUGCCUUGCUCGGCUUGUCCACCAGCUAUUUUGGUGGAAUUUCGGUUCCUCAGUUGCCUUACCUAUGGUCUGAUUCGGGGAUUUUCCAUAAGAAGAAAUCUGAGAAGAAGCGCAUUCGGGUGUACAUGGAUGGGUGCUUUGAUCUCAUGCACUACGGCCAUGCCAAUGCUCUGAGGCAAGCCAAGGCUCUGGGGGAUGAGUUAGUGGUUGGGGUUGUUAGUGACGAAGAGAUCAUUGCCAAUAAAGGUCCCCCUGUUUUAUCCAUGGAAGAGAGACUGGCUCUUGUUAGCGGGUUGAAGUGGGUGGAUGAAGUCAUAGCCAGUGCUCCUUAUGAAAUCACUGAACAAUUCAUGAACAGACUCUUCAAUGAGCAUAGAAUUGACUAUAUCAUACAUGGUGAUGAUCCUUGCCUGCUUCCAGAUGGAACUGAUGCCUAUGCCUUGGCAAAGAAAGCUGGCCGCUACAAACAGAUCAAACGCACUGAAGGUGUCUCCAGCACCGAUAUUGUAGGGAGGAUACUUUCUUCUUUAAAGGAGACAAAUAAUACGUCUUCACAUGGAGACCCUUGUGAAGAAAGUCAAUCCAAGAGCGCCCAAUUAUCUCAAUUUCUGCCAACAUCCCGACGAAUUGUGCAAUUCUCCAAUGGAAAGGCUCCUGGACCAAAUGCUCGUAUUGUGUACAUUGAUGGGGCAUUUGAUCUCUUCCAUGCUGGACAUGUUGAGAUUCUGAAGAAUGCUAGGCAGCUUGGAGACUUUUUACUAGUUGGCAUCCACAAUGAUCACACUGUGAGUGAACACAGAGGCAAGCAUCCAAUAAUGCAUUUACAUGAACGUAGUCUUGGUGUGUUGGGUUGCCGCUAUGUUGAUGAGGUCAUCAUUGGUGCUCCUUGGGAAAUUACCAUGGAUAUGAUAACAACUUUCAACAUUUCAUUGGUAGUGCGUGGGACAGUUUCUGAGUACAACUCCUCGUUUACUGGUGAAAGUGAUCCUUAUUCUGUUCCCAAGAGCAUGGGGAUUUUCCAAGUACUUGAAAGCCCAAAAGAUAUAACAACAACAUCAGUAUCUCAGAGGAUAAUUGCAAAUCAUGAUGCUUACUUGAAACGCAACGCCAGGAAAACAGCAAGUGAAAAAAAAUACUAUGAACAGAAGAAAUAUGUUUCAGGGGACUAGCUUUUGUAUAGUUCUCAUGGGUUAAAAUAGUGAAGUUCGUCCAUCCACCGCACCCAUAGAAGGGUGCACAUUGUUGAGGCUACUGAAAAUGCCAUUUGUGUUUUGCUAAAAGGUCUGGAAGAGUAUAGAAGGAACGGCAUGGAAGAUUGCUCAUUAGACUUCUAUGUAGCUCUUCUUUUUCCCGUUGCGGUCUCUCUGUAACAGUAUCUAUAGAUGAGAAUCUUAAUAAUGUAUUAACCUCAGUCAGGCUCCCUGUGCAUAUUUUUGUAAUCAAAAGUAUUUGGGUGCUUACACUUCUCCCAAUUAUUGUCAUUGUUCAUUGUUUUGAUUAAUCAAAAUUUGGUUCCUUUUUGCUCUUCA